UUCAGUAAAUUCGGAAAACACAAGGUUGAGCUGAAUCUUCCAAAAUUCAGGAUCGAAAGUCAAAAUGAUCUCCAAUCGGCCCUUCAAUCGGCAUGACAGAUGCGUUCAGCAGCACCGCGGAUUUCAGUGGCAUGUCAAACGAGCGAGUUUCCGUCAGCCGGAUCGUCCAACGCGCCAUUAUCGAAGUAGACGAAACCGGCACGAAAGCUGCGGCUGCCACGAUGUACGCCAGGUUUUCCAGGAGUACUUCAAUUGUGUUGAACGUCGACAGGCCAUUUUACUUUUCGAUAAAAUAUGGAGAUUUGACGCUUUUUCAAGGACACGUUGUCAAUCCAAUGAAGGGUUAAACAAGACCCAAUGGAAAAACAGCUCUCAAUCCGAAACACGUCAAGUUUUUAAAAAUAAUUUUAAAUUUAGGUUCUCUACAAACCACAUUUUUUUAUUAGUAUUAACAAGCAAAAGUGCGUUGAACGUGUAUUAUAUU